GCAUUAUCACUGUGCAUCGCCGACGCUUAUGUAUGUUCAUGAUGUAAUCAUGUCACAAAGUUCUCCUUAUGCCUUCCGCUUCUUGUAUCCUGCCACCUCAGUCGACUUUUUUUUUACUUUCUAUUAUUGUUCCGCGUUUGUUCUGAGCUUCAUGUGCAUUUGUCCUUGCUGCCCAUGUGCGGCUCACACCGUUGAGCCAUGCCAAAUGUCAUGCGACUGCUAGCCUUAGUUGGCUAUGCCCACUGUCUAUCAAUCAUCGCGAAUAGUGGACACGGCGGGUCAAGGCCAGCGGGGAAAUAUCGUCACUUGCGCAGGCCAACGAUGCGAGCCGUACACAGAAAUCGGGUAAGGAAUACGACAAGGAAACAUCAAGGAAGAUGGCGAAGGGGAAGAGGUGGGAAAAACGAAAAGUGCGAGGCGAGAACAGAGGAUUGCGAAAAGGCUGUGAGGUGCGCAAGGCUUACAACAGCACGGCGGCAAGGAAUGCGAGUAAAUUAGCAAAGGCCAGGGAACCAAUCAAGCGACGUCUCUAUGGGGGAAACAAAUCCUUCUGAGGCUGCAGUUUGGGGAGAAACUCUGCCAUCAAUGCAUGACAGUCCGGAGUCUCGAGAAAAAUAUGAUAAUGGGCAAGUCAGGUAGUGAGCUUUGAUCGGGCUCUUUGUCAUGGC